AUGCUAAAAAAAGGGUUCUCGACUCAAGAUAUUGUCUCUGCGAACCUAUGCAGCGCUCGAACCGUCCAGCGUUUCGAACAGCGUCGCAAACUACCUGGAAGCGAAAUGCCACAACAAAAAACCCGCACCGGGCGGCGCAGCCGAAUAACGCCCGAGAUGAAGAAAUACUUAUUUGACCAACUGACCGACGAUCCCGAGCUACAUAUAGAAGAGAUGGUACAGAUGUUGCUGGACAAAUUCGAUGUCAAAGUUUCACCAAGUGCAGUCGUCCGAGCUUUGAAGGACUGGCCACGGAAGAAAAUGCGUCGCAUUGCCCAACAGCGAGAUGAAGAUCUUCGAGACUAUUAUCUAUACAGACUUGCAAAACUCGACGUCCAGUCAUAUCAGAUUGUUUACUUUGAUGAGGCCGGCACUAAUGCUCUUGGGUGUCUCCGACACUCAGGGCGGGCGCCGAAGGGAAAAACACCUAUCAAGUAUAAUAAAUUAAAGCGCGGCGGACAAUGGCAAAUACUACCGGCCGUCACGCAGGACGGCAUCCUCAUGUAUCGGGUAUACCAAGGCUCAACUGACAAAUUCGUAAUCGAAGACUUUAUAUCCGAGCUUCUUCACUUUUGCGAACCAUUUCCCGGGCGAAACUCGGUCAUAAUCAGGGACAAUGCAUCUGUUCAUCGUUCACCGAAAAUCCAGCAAAUGUGCGACGAGGCGGGUGUACUAUACGUUGAGCUAUCGCCAUAUUCUCCGGACUUCAACCCAUGCGAGGAAAUUUUUGCCAAUCUCAAGACAUUUAUCAAGAAAGCAUACAAAGAGAACCAGGAGGUUGCGGAGUACGAUUUCAAGUUCUUUCUGGAGUGGUGUGUCGAGGUGGUUGGAGAUGACGAGGACUUGGCUAAGCAGCUGUUUCAUCAUGCUGGAAUUCCUAUCACAUUUCCGGAAUAA